AUGGCCCCCAGUGCUGACCCCCCAAUUGCUUUGGCGCCUCCGGCGGCGUUGCGUGCCCGCAAACUCAAUGCGCCCACGAACGGGAUUAGCAGCGCACUCGCAAAUGGAGAGACCGAUGGCUAUACCAGUGGCCUAGCCAGCAGCACAUCUGAGGAGACUCCGCUCUCGCCCGGGGACUACUUGACACAUAGUCCUGCCACCAGCCACAGUAGCAAUGGAGCGACGAAUGGUGAUCCUCUAGACGGUUUCCCGUCUCCUGAACCGCCUCGCGGAGUGCGGUUCGAGAGCGGCUCACAUCGAAUCCACAACAUCGGCCCACAUGAGAGUGAGGCCAGCAGGCCCGGUAGAAUUAACGGCGGUGCCAGAGUACGCUCAUGGGGAAAGAGCUCCAGCGGCAAUGCGUAUCCUCGUCUCUCGAAGCCCUCGGAGUUGAUGCGGAACUCCUAUGACUGCGUUGUUAUUGGUUCCGGAUAUGGCGGCGGUGUUGCCGCUUCCCGCAUGGCGCGGACAAACCAGACGGUGUGCGUAUUAGAGCGCGGCAAGGAGCGAUGGCCUGGGGAGUUCCCCUGCGAAACUAGUGACGCUCUUGAACAGGUCCACUGCUCAGGCGAGUUCGCCCCGGGUUGGCUUCCAAAGACUCUGGUCAACGGUGGUGAUCCCACGGGCAUGUACCACCUAAUUUUCGGCAACGGGCAGAAUGCAGUUGUGUGUAAUGGCCUCGGCGGCACCAGUCUGAUGAAUGCGAAUGUGUAUCUAGAGGCGGAUAAACAAACGCUCGCUUCAGAGUUUUGGCCAGAGGAGAUUCGAGACAACCCAGCAGAAAUGGACAAGUACUACAAAUUAGCUAGCGAGAUGCUCGAGCCUGAAGAGUAUCCCCUGGACUGGCCAAAGUUGCACAAACUGGAGCUACUCAAGAAGCAAGCAGAAGCCUUGAAUAUGACCGACAACUUCCGCAGGGUCAAGCAGACGACUCGUUUCAAGAAUGGGCCAAACUACGCCGGUGUUGAGAUGGCCCCUUCGGCGCUGACAGGUCAGGACUUGACCGGACUCAAUGACGCCUCAAAGAAUUCCACCCUGGUUACAUACAUUGCCGACGCCUGGAACUGGGGCGCUGAGAUCUUCUGCGAGUCCGAGGUGCGCUAUAUCACCAAAGCGCCUGAGGGCCGGGAGGGAUAUCUCGUCUUUUUUGCAUGGCACGGGCGCAACCGUGGUCAUUUCAAAGCCAACUUACAUGGAGACCUCAUGUGGGUUCAUGCUAAGAAGGCCGUCUUCCUCGGGGCGGGCUCUAUUGGCACCACCGAGAUUUUAUUAAGAAGUAAAGAGAUGGGCCUGGAUCUGAGCGACCAGGUCGGGCUCAAUAUGAGUGGAAAUGGAGACAUGCUUGCCUUUGGAUACAACACGGAUCACGAGGUAAAUGCGGUUGGUCAUGCCCAAAGUUCUCCAUAUAAUCCAGUUGGCCCAUGCAUCACGGGGAUUAUCGACAAAAGGGAGGGUCAUGAUAACUACCUUGAUGGAUAUGUUAUUGAGGAGGGUACUAUCCCUAAGGCUCUUGCCCCUUUCCUCCAGGCGAUGUUAGAGCUUCUCCCAGGCCGCAUUGAGCCAAAGGAUGAUACACUCGUCGACACCUUCAAGGCAAACCUUGCCCGGGUUGGGUCUUUCUUCCUUGGACCAUACUAUCGCAGAGGGGCCAUCGAAAGAACCCAGGUAUAUCUUGUCAUGUCUCAUGAUAGCAACCAAGCCAUCCUUACUCUGAAGGAUGACAAGCCAGUUCUCGAGUUUCUCGGAGUUGGGCGAAGCGAGCAUGUUAAGCGCCUGAACAAAAUCCUUGAGCAGGCCACAAGGGCAGUUGGGGGGACUUUCGUACAGAACCCUUUCUACGCUCUCAUGAGCCAAGGGCAAGUCACGGUUCACCCGAUUGGUGGUGCUUGCUUGUCCUCCGACGGCACUGGUGCCAGCGGCGCCACAAAUCACUUUGGAGAACUGUUCCAAGGGGACGGCGAUAAGACUCACCGUGGCCUCAUUGUGACUGACGCUGCAUUGGUUCCGACUGCGCUGGGUGCAAACCCGCUGGCUACCAUCACUGCUCUGGCAGAGCGAGCUGUGGAUCACUAUGCUCAGCGAGAAGGACUAAGGAUCGACCAGACCAAGAAUAAGAUUCUCGAUUUGUUCGGGUCGCCACAGCACAGUCAUGACUGCUAUGAUCUGUCUGAGGAUGAGAGCGAAAGACAAGAAACCGUCAGCAUCUCGAGUGCGAGCGACGUUAUCCGGUCUGCGCAGCGCCUCAACGAUGCCGGGUUCGGUUUCACUGAAGUCAUGUCAGGUUUCAUCCACCACGACCAAGGGUUGAAAGAGGAGACUCAGCAAUCAUACGAGUUGGCGGCUCGAAUUGCUGAAUCUCGAUGUGAAGCGGCUCGCUUCUUCCUCAGCGUUCAGUCAUUCAACACGAGGUCUACUGUCAAUGACCCGGAGCACCGUGCAAUGCUCACGGGAACGUUUGCCUGCCCAACCAUCCCCGGUUCCCCCUUUAUGGUUCAGCGUGGAGACUUCAAUCUCUUCCGCCAGUACCUAGGUGCACCCGGGACGAAAAAUCUUGUUUACCACUUCAUGAUGCGUGGGACCGACGGUAAACUCCUUCACUUCCAUGGAUUCAAGAUCGUCGACUCGUCAGUAGCACUCAGCCCUAUCCAGUUCUGGCGAGCUACAAGCACCCUUUAUGUCACCAUACGGCGGGCACGAAACCGCGGUGACUUCCGUGAGGACAUGUCUGAGGAUCAGGCUAUGGAAAAGGGCAUUGUUAUUGCCAAGGGCAUCAUGAGAAUCCAGCCAGCAGAUUUUGCAAACCAGAUCCUAACCAUGACACCAACUGGAAGCAACCUCCUGAAGAAGGCUUGGAGUGCUUUCAGCUUCAUGACGUAUUUCACCCGCAAAUCCAUGUCACUCUUCUUGGCUCCUUUCACGCCCCUGCAGUACCCCAGCACCGCCUACAACGGGUAUAUCAAUGAGACACUUCCCGCUGCUGUGUACGAGAUCCGUGCAGAGGAUGGAGUGGCCACCCGCAUGCUGAUGUACGAACCAACGAAUCCCGAUAUUCCCACGAAGGACCUCUUCAUGGUUCCUGGUGCUUCUGUCGACCACCAGAUCUAUGCCUUGCCGACUAUCAGUUGCAACGCGGUGAACUACUUCACAAGGGCCGGGUAUCGGGUUUACAUCACUGUACACCGCAUUGGCGCCUUGAUGGUAGCUCAGAAUGACUGGACAACGUUUGAUGCUCGCCUCGACAUCAGGGCCUGUCUCGAGAAGAUCCGCUCCCUCAACCGCAACCAAAAAGUGUAUACCAUUGCACACUGCAUGGGCAGCGUCGCUCUGUCGACGGGUCUCCUCGAUGGCAAGAUCCCGGCUGAGUGGAUCUCGGGCAUUACCUGCAGCCAGGUGUUUAUGAACCCGAUCUGGAACACCAUGAACAUGAUCAAAAUCAUGGCGUUCCCACUGCCUUUGGACAAGGUGUACAAGGCGUUGUGCGGUUCAUGGUUCUCAUGCAGUACGGGCCAUGACGACAGCUACCUCCAGAAAGGGCUCAACGAGCUGCUCCGGCUGAUGCCGGACGAACGGAAAGAGAUAUGCAACAACGCGUCAUGCCACCGGGUGUCGCUGACGUUCGGGCGGUGCUGGAACCACAACAACCUGAACGAGGCGACGCAUCGGCAGAUUGAUCGCUUCUUUGGCGGUGUGAAUAUGACACUGCUGCACCUCCUUAUGAAGCAGGGCUAUGAGGGUGGCGUCAUGACCAACGGCCCGCUAUUCGAGCGCCUCGAUACUCCGGACAACAUCCGACGCCUAAAGAACAUCCCGUUCCUGCUGUUCGUCGGCCGCGACAACGCCGUGCUGUCCCCGAUGAGCACCGAGAAGACUUAUGAGGUCUUGUGCGAUGCCUUCGGUACCAAGGACACGCAGGACAACGACGGCCUGCAGUACAAGCGCCGGGUCGUGCCCAACUACGGUCACCUCGACUGCUGGAUGGGCCGCAACGCCUACAAGGAUGUCUACCCCUUUGUGCGGGAGGAGGUCGAUCGUGUUGCGAGAGGAGAGAAAUAUCAGUUCAUCUCGCCCAAUGAUGAGUUCAAAGACUUGUAA